GGGAGGACUCAAGGAGGGUACGCGCCUGGCCGAACUGGGAUGAUUCUGCGGCAGGCCUGGGACUCCCUCAGGCCGACCCAGGCUUCCUAAGUCCCUCCUGAAGCCAAGGGCCCGGGAUUCUCGGGCGGCUCCUGCGAGCGGGCGGGGCAGGAGGCGGGGCGGCGGCAGGAAGCGGCCGGAGCUGCGCUGGGAGCGGCCUGAGCCCGGCAGAGUCCCCAAAGAGCCUGGCCGUCCUCCCUGGGCUCCGGGGGGCUGCACCGGGACCGUUGGGGCGCGGUGCGCUCCUGAAUGCACCGUGGGACGCAGGAGGGUGCCAUGGCCUCCCGGCUCCUGUACCGGCUGCGGCACGCCUUUGCCGGCGACAGCCCCGGGGAGGCGGCGGCAGCCAGGCCAGAGGCCGAGCAGUUCCCGGAGAGCUCAGAGCUGGAGGACGACGACGCCGAGGGCCUGUCCUCCCGACUCAGCGGCACCCUCAGCUUCACCAGCGCCGAGGACGAUGAGGACGACGAGGACGAGGACGACGAGGAGACUGGCCCCGACCCGCUGCCCCCUGGGGACGGGACGUCAGGAGAAGACGCAGAACGGAGCCCCCCACCUGAUGGGCAGCGGGGCAGUCAGCUUCUGGCGCGGCAGUUGCAGGAUUUCUGGAAGAAGUCCCGGAACACCCUGGCACCCCAGCGGCUGCUCUUCGAAGUGACCAGCGCCACCGUUGUCAAGGACCCGCCCUCCAAGUACGUGCUCUACACCCUCGCCGUGAUAGGCCCAGGGCCUCCAGAUCGCCAGCCAGCCCAGAUCUCUCGCCGCUACUCGGACUUUGAGCGGCUGCACCGAAACCUGCAGCGGCAAUUCCGGGGCCCCAUGGCUGCCAUCUCAUUCCCCCGGAAGCGCCUGCGCCGUAAUUUUACUGCAGAGACCAUUGCCCGCCGUAGCCGGGCCUUUGAGCAGUUUCUGGGUCACCUGCAGGCAGUGCCGGAGCUGCGCCACGCCCCGGACCUGCAGGACUUCUUCGUGCUGCCAGAGCUGCGGCGGGCACAGAGCCUCACCUGUACUGGCCUCUAUCGUGAGGCUCUGGCACUCUGGGCCAAUGCCUGGCAGCUGCAAGCCCAGCUGGGCACCCCCUCUGGCCCAGACCGCCCCCUGCUGACCCUCGCUGGGCUGGCUGUGUGCCACCAGGAGCUGGAGAACCCUGGGGAGGCCCGGGCUUGCUGUGAGAAGGCCCUGCAGCUGCUGGGGGACAAGAGCCUCCACCCUUUGCUGGCACCCUUUCUGGAGGCCCAUGUCCGGCUCUCCUGGCACCUGGGCCUGGACAAACGUCAAUCAGAGGCUCGGCUCCAAGCCCUGCAGGAGGCAGGCCUUACUCCCACACCACCCCCCAGUCUGAAAGAAUUGCUCAUCAAGGAGGUGCUGGACUAAUCUAGGACGCUUGCCUAGAUUUAAGGCCACUAUGGGGAGAGAGGCUGCCCCAGAAUGCAGGGGAAGGACCUGAUGAGGACAGAAUAGCUGGGAAGUUGCAGGGGGUGCUGGGAGCCCCUAGAAGUUCCAAAAGAGAAUGUGAAGCAGAUCAAAGAAACUUACUUGUGUUGAGCUGGGCUCAGGAUGAGCUUUGGCCGGAGUUGCCCUAGGAUAGUACUAUCCUAGUACAGGGAAGAAGUCUGACACAGCCUCUCCAGUUUAUAAACAAACAGCUGGGAGCUGUGGCACAGGUCAGGGGGCAAUGUUCCCUUGUUGGUUGGCCCCCAAGCCGGUGAGGCCUCCUGGCUGAAGGUCAGGUACUCUGCCCCUGGAGUUGAGGGAGGAAGGCAAGGCUGCAGGUCUGGCCCAGGGGAAUUAAAAGCCAGCCACUCCA